AUGGAGGCGCUGGUGCGGGAGAUGCAGGACGCUGAGACCGGGGUGCCCGUGCGCAGCCAGAAACUCUUCCUCACUUCCAUCCCCUCUGCUUUCAUGGGUUACGAUCUCAUUGAAUGGCUAAUGGAGCGCCUCAACAUAGAAGAAUCUGCUGAGGCGGUCCACUUAGCCAAUCAACUCUGCCAGUACGGAUACUACUUCCCUGUCAGCGACUCCAAAAAUUUGAUUGUAAAGGAUGACAGCUCCCUCUAUCGUUUCCAGACCCCCUACUACUGGCCCUGGCAACACCGCAUGCCGGACAACGUGGAGUACGCCAUCUACCUGGCCAAACGCACACUACGCAACAAGCAGCGCCACGGGCUCGAAGACUACGAGCUGGAUGCACUCACCAGUCUGAGGAAGAAUCUGCAAAACAAGUGGGACUUCAUAACGAUGCAAGCUGAAGAACAGGUGCGGCUGGCGAAGGAGCGCAAGAAGGGCGACAAGAUCGUGAGCGACAGCCAGGAGCGCGCCUACUGGCGGGUGUACCGGCCGCCGCCCGGCUACACGCACCACCUGGAGCCCGCGCCCGUGCCUGCCUGGGGGCGCGCCGCCGCAGCCGCCGCGCGCGCCAAGAGGCGCUCCUCAGACGACGUCAAGCGUGAGGUGGACUUCCUGAGGAGCUGCUUGGUGCGCACGCGCGUCAAGGUGUCGCAGGCGCUGGACAACCUGGUGCAGCACUGCACCACCUACGUAGAGUACGACCCGCUGCUGUCCGGCGUGCAGCCUUCCAACCCUUGGACCACCGAUGACCCCGCUUUCUGGCUGCUCAACAGUCCCCUAGUCGAAGUUCCAACAGAGAAGAGAGUGAAGCGCUGGGCGUUAUCCAUGGAAGAACUCGUCUCCGACCCAACAGGUUUACAGGAGUUUACCAACUAUUUGCGCAAGGAAUACAGCCACGAGAAUAUCCGGUUCUGGAUGGCCGUCAACGACCUAAGGAGGAGCGCGCAAUCACAGAUUCAUCGCAAAGUAAAGGAGAUAUUUGACGAGUUCCUGGCCCCGGGGGCGCCAUGCGAGAUCAACAUCGACGGCAAGACGAUGGAGAAGGUGCACCAGGAGCUGCGAACGCCCACGCGCUUCACUUUCGACUCCGCGGCGGAGCACGUGUACACGCUGCUGCUCAAGAAGGACUGCUACCCGCGCUUCGUCCGCUCCGAACAGUACAAGGCGCUGCUCGCCGCCGGAGUCCAGCCGCUGCAGAAAAAGAGGUUCUUCGGGUUCGGUGGUCCAGCGAAGAAGAAAUCUUCGACGUGCAACCCUCCGAACGUGGCGCUGCUGCAGCAGCAGAUGGCGGCGGCGGCCGGCGGGGGCGGCGGAGGCGGCAGCGUGGGCGGCGGCGGGGGUGGGGUGUCGUUGGGGCGGCGGCGCGGCAGCGAGCGCAGCCUGUCCGGCUCGGUGCAUGAGCUGGUGGCCGCCGGCGUGCGCGAGCCGCCCCCGCGCGUGCCGCACUCACACAGCCAGUCCAACCUCAGCGACAUCCCAUACAGGGGGGACCUGGAGAGCCGGCCGUAUGCGGCUGCGGUCCGGUGGUUCAGCCCGGACCCUGCUCCAACGAGCAGUAGCAAACCCGAUGGCGAGGAAGCGGGGGUCAGCGGGGGCGGAGGAGAGGAAGAAGAAGACAGCAGCAUCGCGGGUGGCCAGGAGGAGGUGGUGGUGGUGGCGGCGGAGGCGGCGGCGGUGACGGAGGCUGUGGAAGGCUCUCCUGGGGCGGUUCUGGAGUCGAGCCCCUUGUCACCCGCAGCUACAUCUGAGGGGGCAGAGGCAGCAGCUGUGCCGCUCGUGGCGGUGGCGGUGGCGGCGGCGUCGGUGGAGGAGGAGGUGGAGGCGCUACCGGGGGCCGGCGAGCAGCAGCCGGCAGAGGCCGCACCCGCCCCCGCACCGCCGCCAGCUUCGCCGCCGGCCGCCUCCGCCGCCCCCGGCCCGUCGUGCUCGCGUCGCAGGUGGGAGGAGGCGGCGCCGGCGCCGCUGCCGCUGCAGCACCGGCGCCGCGACUCGUCCGCCAGCUCCUCUUCAGAGCUGAGCCUGCACCGCGUGGGCGUGGGCCCGCCACCGACGCAGCCGCCUCCCGAGAAGGCUACGCGCGCCACAUCGGAGGAGCGCGUGGUCGCGCGCAUACAGACAGUGCGCAAGUACUCGGCGGCGGACGCGCGCCGGCCCUCGGUCGUCGUGUCGCCGGAGGACGCGGGGGCGGCGGCGAUGGCGGGGGCG